GGGCGCUUCCGCGUCUCCCCUCUACACUCGCAACUUCGAUGUCGAAGUUGUCAUUAUCGUACUUCUAAAUUCUCUCUACCAGCUUUUCGGUUCAUCCUUAUAGCGUUUAUACCCCCAUAAAGAUACCAAACUUGGGCUUGUUCAGUAUACGAUAAGACAGUAAAGGAAGUGGCACAUGUCUACUGAUGGGUUGCAAGAGCGGCCUGCGCCACCACAAGGUACUUUAAAUACGGACGAGAAUGCCUAUCCAGAAGACACAUUCCGUAUCCUACUUGCGACGGACAAUCACAUUGGCUACAAUGAAAGAGAUCCAAUACGUGGACAGGACUCAAUCAAUACCUUCCGCGAAAUAUUGCAACUUGCUGUAAAACAUGAUGUAAGUCAUUGCGGUUGAUUUCAUUCUCCUCGCCGGAGAUCUCUUUCAUGAAAACAAACCUUCUCGCGAGACACUGUAUGAAACCAUGGCCUUACUACGAGAGUACACAUUAGGCGAUCGACCCAUUCAGAUGGAGCUACUGAGCGACCCUGAGGAAGGCAAAGCUGCUGGCUUUUCAUUCCCCGCUAUUAAUUAUGAAGAUCCGAACUUCAACGUGAGCAUACCGGUCUUCUCCAUUCACGGAAACCACGAUGACCCUCAAGGAGCUGGUCCGCAAGGCGCUCUUUGUGCUCUGGACAUGCUGUCCGUCAGCGGACUAAUCAACUAUAUGGGAAAGAUAGACCUUCCAGUAAACGACGCGGAUGCACAGAACACCGGUAUUGCAGUCAAACCUGUACUACUACGAAAAGGAAACUCUCGACUUGCCCUAUACGGCAUUGGAAAUGUCAAGGACCACCGAAUACACUUCGAGUUGCGAAGUAACCGUGUUCGAAUGUUCAUGCCAAAAGAUAAAGAUGCCUGGUUCAACAUUCUUCUACUGCACCAGAACCGUGUCCCCCAUGGUCCACAGCAAUUCGUCCCGGAGGGAAUGUUCGACGACAGCUUAGAUCUUGUCGUCUGGGGUCACGAACAUGACUGUCGCAUUGAUCCAGAACCCGUCGCAGGAAAGCGAUACCGUAUUACUCAACCAGGUUCGUCAGUGGCCACUUCCUUGGGCGAAGGCGAAUCGAUAGAGAAGCAUGUUGCACUUCUCGAAAUUUGUGGCAAGGAAUACAAGAUGGUUCCCAUCCCUCUGCGUACUGUGCGACCGUUUGUGGUAGAUGAAGUGUCGCUUGAAGCGGCAGCGGAAGACGAGGGAUUGGAUUUAAAUGACAAGAUGGCUGUCUCCAAGUUCCUGAAGAACAAGGUUAAUGAGCUGAUCCAAAGGGCCAACGACGUAUGGGAUGGGCGUAACGCGAAGGCUCUACAGGAAGGUGAUGAAGAGCUACCGCGCAUGCUUCCAAUCAUCAGACUGAAGGUCGACACCACUGGUGUCAGUGAAAUGUCGAAUCCAGUUCGAUUCGGACAGGAAUUCCAAGGUCUUAUAGCAAACCCACGAGAUGUCCUCGUCUUUCAUCGUGCUAAGCGUCCAACCCGUGGUGGCAAAGUAACCGCAGACCAGCCGGAACUCAGCAUCGAUGACCCGAGUCUGACUACCUCAGAGAAGCUCUCCCGUGUCCGUGUUCAGACUCUUGUGCAAGAGUAUCUGGCGGCUCAGGAGCUUCAAUUGUUGGGUGAGGCUGGGAUGUCCGACGCUAUUGAAUUGUUCGUGGACAAGGACGAUAUCCAUGCGAUUCAGAAUCAUGUCAGUACCGCCUUGAAGAGUCUAAUGAAGGGCGUGCAAACCACUGGAGGUGAAUUUGAAGAGGAAGACCUGGAAGAUAUUGUUGGCAAAGUCCGCGAGAAGCAUGAGAAAGACUACUUGGAGAAACACAACGGGGGAAGGAGCACAAAGUCCAAAGGCAAAGAGAAGGCAACAGACGCUGACCGUUCAGACGCGUCCGUGGAGUCUAUGAUGGAGGAAUUUGAUCUUGGUCCUUCCGAUAUUGACGAUCAAGAAUCUGAAGCUCCCCCUCCACCUAAGAAGACUGCCGCGCGGGCGAAGAAACCCGCCGCUGCGCCCAAGAAGGCUCCCGCGAAGGCCCCUGCAAGAGGUCGAGGGAAGAAAAAGGUUGUGUCAGAAGAUGAAGAAGACGAAGGUGAGGAAGACUAUGAGGAGCCGGAAGAAGAAGCACCAAAGAAACGAACAAACCGGGCAGCCGUCCUGAGUAAAACCACUACAACGAAGAGAGCACCAGCGAAGAAGACGGCCUCUUCGUCGAAGCAGGCUACUCUUUCCUUCGCCCCCUCUGGUAGAAGUUCGACGAGAGCGGCUGCGACUAGGGCCAAACGGAAAGUGGCUGAUAUUACAGAGAUAAGUGACUGACGGAAGCCUCGGUGUCGUUGUCUGCUAGUCGAUGCUAUCUGAAAGAUUCACGUUAUGCUGUCGUUAUUUCAAUCACGUUGCUUUCGUCUUGUAGAAUAUAAUGUUUGUUUCGUAUUGGGCAUAGAAACCUCACUUGUCGAGA